CUUCAAUGACACAAGGGUGGCCAUUUUGUUAGAAGUUUUAGGGAGCGAAUCGAGAAGCUGCCUCCGUUGUUCUACUUUGAAUGCAGCAAACCCGCUGAAAAACUUGUGCAACCUUCGUAUCAAGAUUGCGUUCAAAAUCGUUUCAGAUUUGCACCGCUGCUCCUGCAAAGAAGCGUACAAUUAUCUGGUUUCGUGAGCUGGUAAAGAGCGCGAAAAAUAUCCUGCCAUUCAUUUCGAAAGCAUGGUCAUUGUUAGCCGCCUAGCUUGAUGGCUUAUGCCUCUCAUGGCCGCCGGUGGUAGAAUUUUAUGAAGGAGACUCGUUCAACGCACACACUGCAACCAGAUAUCCAGUCCGCGCAACAGCGACCUGGAAAGUGAUUAUUUAAAGACGAGCAUUGCCUGCUACAGUUUCAUUUAUUUGCACGAUUUAUCUUUGCAGUGUAGCUUAAAUUAGCAAGCUAGCCAGUUAGCUACCAGCAACCCUCGCGUAAUUUAGUGCGGAGGAUCGAGUGGCAGGCCAACCCGUACGGUUAAGGAAAGAGGGUUUUAAGUUGUUAACUAGCUUUUCAAGUCGUUUAUUUUCAAAAUGGCAGAGUGUUACAUUCGUGUUGCUGAGGAUGAAAACGAGGAGCCAAUGGAGAUUCCAUCUGAAGACGAUGGCACCGUUUUGUUGUCGUCUGUGGCUGCACAGUUCCCCGGAGCCUGCGGCCUGCGAUACAGAAACCCUGUGUCUCAAUGCAUGAGAGGGGUUCGCUUGGUUGAAGGAGUACUCCACGCACCCGAUGCUGACUGGGGCAACCUAAUUUAUGUCGUCAACUACCCCAAAGAUAACAAGAGGAAGAUGGACGAGAUGGAUGCUGCUUCUGCUGUGAAGAUAAAGAGGGGCCCCCUGAAGACCUCAGAUCUAAUUGUUCUCGGCUUGCCUUGGAAAACAUCAGAACAAGACCUGAAGGAUUAUUUUACUACAUUUGGUGAAGUCAUCAUGGUUCAGGUCAAACGAGAUGUUAAAACCGGCAACUCCAAAGGAUUUGGCUUUGUAAGAUUCACUGAGUAUGAAACCCAAGUGAAAGUGAUGUCCCAGCGGCACAUGAUUGAUGGAAGAUGGUGUGACUGCAAACUGCCAAACUCUAAGGCUGGCCCAGAUGAGCCCAUGAGGAGCAGAAAGGUGUUUGUUGGCCGCUGCACAGAGGACAUGACUACUGAUGACCUAAGACAGUUCUUCAUUCAGUACGGCGAAGUCACAGAUGUUUUCAUUCCCAAACCCUUCCGGGCCUUUGCCUUUGUCACCUUUGCUGAUGACCAGGUUGCUCAGUCCCUGUGCGGUGAAGAUUUGAUCAUCAAGGGGACCAGUGUCCACAUCUCCAACGCUGAGCCGAAGCACAGUAAUAGUAGGCAAAUGAUGGAUCGUGGGGGUCGUUUUGGGGCUGGAUUUGGGGGGCAGGGGUUUGGCAAUCGCAGUCCCAAUAGCGGGGUAAAUUUCGGGGCACUCAGCCUGAACCCAGCCAUGAUGGCGGCGGCGCAGGCAGCUCUCCAGAGCAGCUGGGGCAUGAUGGGCAUGCUGGCUAACCAGCAGGGCCAGACACCCGCCACCGGUGCCAACGCCACUGCCCAGAGUACCGGUAGCCGUGAGCAGGGUCAGACCUAUAGUGGUAGCAACAGCAAUUAUGGCACCCCAAGCUCAGCUAGCCUGGGAUGGGGCACGGGCACCAACUCUGCCUCAGGCAGUGGGUUUAACUCUAGCUUUGGGUCUAGCAUGGAGACUAAGUCUAGCUGGGGAAUGUAGAGAGGUUUGUUUUUUGUUUGAUUUGAGUUUGUUUUCUGAAAGUAUUCAAAUUUGUAGAUUAUAUGGUACAUGGGUAAGUACUUAGAGAGGGAGAGGGAGAGAGAGAGAGCUAUUUGUAGUUAGAUGCUAUGUUCAUUGUGUUUCAAAAAGAUGCCUAGAAGUUUUGUAAAAGAUAAAACAAAAUGUUGGUAUUCUUGUUAACUAAUUCCCUAUAAGAGUUAUAUAGAGUGGUUGAAAAGUUGUGGCGUGGUUAAAUGUAUUUAGAUACAUUAAUUUUGGUUUCAGUGAUUACAUUAAUUUAUUUUGCUAUGUACGUCACAUGAUUUCUGACAAAGUUAUUUAAAUCACACUCAAAUCAUCAAAUUUAAUUUUGCCCUUCCCAGUUCAUGUUUUAGAUAAUGUAACUUAAAACAUUAUAAACUGACCCUUGGUCAGUUAAUUCGGAGACUGAUUUGAGUUCUGUUGUGUGUAGUUGCUUUUGCAUUUUCGUUUGUUUGAAGCUUUUUUAAGGUGAAGCCUUCACAAAUCUCUUCUGCAGUUCAUCACCUCUUUUCCAAUUUCCCUGGAAGAAGCCCAUCGUUGGCCGCAAUGUUCGAGCGAGCUCAGUAUCAGUACCCCUCUUCCCAUGUGUAAAUGCUAUGCCAUCAAAGAACACAGCUUCACUCUGCAUUUACUGUGUUAG